AUGUCGACAUCUAGUGGCCAGAGUCAGCUCUAUGAAGUCUCUGCUUUGGCUCUGAAGAAUAAGAACAAGACAAGAGAGAAUGCGUGCGCAUCCACGGCCGGCGCUCCCUCGGUGCAUCGAUGCGCUCGGGAGCAACCUCUUCGGUCUGGAGGCGGCCGAGCCAACGCUCAUCUGCGGCUUCCGCCGCCGCCAUCUUGCCGGCGUGAACAGUCACGUGGGCGGCGGCAGCGGCAGUGGCGAGCACGGGGGCGGUGGCGGCGGCGGCGAGGACGGGGGCGGUGGCGACUGGAACGCACGGUUUCAGCCCCGGAACCCUUCACACGGGGAACGCGUGUGCGUCUGUCCGCUCCUCCGGAAAUGGCCAAGGCUUCACACAGAUGCAGUAAGAUGUGUGAAAGAUUGGUGGAAGACGAGAUGGGAUUGCGAGGUGAGAACCAAGGCACUGGAAAUGCAUACAGAAGAAGUUUCUGUGCCCAUGGAGUUGAUGAUAUUCUUGUGGAAAAACACGCAUACACUAUGCUUUCAGUUAGUGGUAAGUACUAUGAAAAAAAGUAUAUCAUGAGGAAGACUGGUAGAAAUGUGUGUGUGUGUGUGUGUCUAGGAUGGGGGAGGUUAUUUUAAUUGAGUGGAUUAGGGAAGACCUCUGUGAAGAAAUAAUGUUGAAAUGCUGCAGAAAUAGUGUAGGAAAAUAGACCAGCCAGUGGAAAGGCUUAAGACAGGAAGGGCUAGGAACAGUGAAGGGGAAGCAUGAAGCUGUGAAUGACCGGAAUAUUUCCAGCUUGGGUUAAGUGGUAAGAAAGGUGGCUCGGCCAAGACAGGUUCAAUGGAAAUAUGUAUUAUUUGUUAUGAUGUGGAUUGCAGGAUGGUUUUGAGAAUUGGAUAGACAUGCUCUGAUUCCUAUUUUGAGAACUUUUUAGAUGCAAUUUGGAAAAUGAUCUAUAGAGAACAAGAGUGGAAUCAGAUCCAUCAGGAGGUAGGUUAACAGUCACAUGAGAGGUGAUGGCAGUUUGGAUUACAGUGUGGGGGUAGAAGUGAAAAGUAGCCAGACUUGAGGUAUUUUAAAGUUGGAGUGGUAGAACUUGUUGAUGAACUUGAGUCUGAAGACAAGUUAAAGAAGGGUGAUCUCCUCGAUCUGAUGGUGACUGGCAGGCCCAUGUAUUGAAAUCAUUAAAGAAUGGUAAAAGAAGGGAUUUGGCACUCGCUUAAUAGUUGUUGAAUGAAGGAAUGAAUCAAAUAAAUAACAGCAUUAAAAACCUGAGGUGGUGAGCAGGAUAAAUUGUCUACUUUGUCAAUAUUAUGAGACAGUAUGUAUAUAACAGUCUGAAGUCAGUUUAAGUCAUGGAGUUUCUAGGCUUUCAAAAUUUGUGGACUAGACAUCUUUGAAUAAAUACAGUGCUGAAUAAACAGGAGCGAUGUAGAAGAAAAAAAAAUUAAACUCAUUCGAAGAGAAUUAGCACCAGUCUUGAACUUCAAAAUAUUUUCAGGGCUUGAAGUAGGGGAUAGAAAAAAGAAAACUAGGCAUUUUCCUCUAAAACCCCUCUAGCAGCCCUGCUUUUACCUGGGUCAUGUUCCUCCAUUGACCGACUACUUUAGAAGUUCAAGGGAGAAUGGGCAAGGGAUGUUUCAUUUAUUUCUUGACAGUGUAGAAAUAAUCAAUUGGACACCAUGCCUUUAGCUGGAGCAGGGAACUAAAAAUCUCUCGGAGUUUUACAGGCUGCCAAAAACACCCAGCUCAUUUAUCACCCUGUCUCCCUAGGCUCUCACAAACUUGUCCUCCUGCUUCCUGAACUGAGAGCUAUAGAACAAGAUAGUAGUCAGCUACCAGGAUCAAGGUAGCAGGCCUUGAGACCAGGAGCAGGUUUAUUCUGCAUAUGUUCACUGUAAGAAAGGAAAAAAACAUAGGGAAAAAAGCAAAAGGGGAAAAUAUAAACUACCUUCAACAACCCCACUAGAACUACCUACCAUUCACAUUUUGUGGGACAUUUUUCUAGGCAAUUCUAAAGCAAAAUCAUACUAGGAUACAAUGAUAUAUCGUUUCUUUUCUGUGUGGUGAGAACGUGUAAAAUCUACUCUUACCAGUUUUCAAGAAUAAAAUAUGUUGUUCUUAACAACAGUUAUCAUGUUGUACCACAGAUCUCUUGGCUUAAUCCUCCUGUCUAAAAGAAAUUUUGUACCUUUAACCAAUAUUCCACCAAGAAUUCCCCAUUCCCUGGUAACCACCAUUCUGCCUUUUAAAACAUUUUUAUUAGCAUUUGAUAAUUAUACAGGGAGUUUUGGUGUGACAUUUCUCUCUCUCUGU